ACAGGAAAAUCUGAAGAAUUAUUGAGUGCUCUUGGUUGCCAUGGUUUCCCUCCAACAUCAGACUGUGAGGAACUACUGAUAGAAUAUCUGGAGGUAGAGGACAGUGAGGACCAGCAGCUCAUGCCAAGCCAUGACAAAGGUCAUACCAGUAAAAAUGCAAAAAUGAUACCUAAGGAAACCAGCAGUGACUCGAGCCGAGGGAGCUGUGAUAGCCGUUCUCUCCUUGAUCAGAAGGGCAGGGAGUCCUGUGCCCUUCCAUCAGCACUUCAUACACAAGAUGCAAGAGAUGUUCAAGAAAAUAAAGGAGGAAAAAAGACCUGUAAAACGCAUCAUAUAGCCUCAGAACAGGAAAUAGUCCUUUUUAACAAUGACAGUACAAAAUCAUCCACAUGGCCUGCAGUUCAGUUACCUAAUAAUCAGUCUCCUGUGUUUGCCUACCACAGUACUGUAGAUGCACAUAAGAUAAUACUGAAUACCACAAAUGUGAACAUUGCAUCAGUUUUGGUGGAAAACGAAGAAAAGCAUCAGUCACAAUACCCUAUCACUGAAACUGUCCAUUACAACAUGGAAAAGCAAAGAGAGAUGGAAAAUUUGCUUUCCAAAACUGACCAACCCACAGUGCAGGCCAAACAAAACAGACCUAAUCACAGGCCACCUUUUUGGAAUCCUAAACUAAUGGAUUAUGUAGAAGUUCACAAAGUCAGAAAAGAGGAGGAUCCAUCACUAUUCCUGCAACAUAAAGGAAAUAGAGGAAAGACUAAGAAAUCCACCAAAGAGUAUACCAAGGUCUCAACAGUUGCGGACCGUAAUUUUCUAGUAUUAAUGCCAGAUGCACGCAUCCAGCACAGACCUGUGUCUCCAGAACCUGCAACAGAAACGUGUCAGAACCGUCAGCAAGGUCAAGAUGAGAAAAAUACAACAUUUCCAAAUGAGCACAGAAGAGACAACAGCGGAUCAGACUACAUGGACCCAUCUUCCUUUAUGCCCUCCUUUAAAUAA